AUGACAAACCCACCGGGACCAAAGCCCUCGGAGGUGUCUCCUAAGGCCUCAAGCUCACCUGCUGCUGCUGCUGCUGCUGCUGCUGCUGCUGCUGCUGCUGUUCCUGCUGCAGCAGCUGCAGCAAUAGCAGCACUAACAGCAACAGAUAGUGGCUGUCUCCCCUCGUCCAAUGAGCCAGCAGCAGCUCAGCUGCAGCAGCAGCAGCAGCAGCAGCAGCUGCAGCAACAAGAAUAUGCUUCGUUUGCUGCUGUUACAGCAGCAGCAAGACAAAGACACACCCCACACGGAGACACCCCACACGGAGACACCCCACAAGGAGACACAGACACCGCAAAGGAGACAUUUCUAGAUGUCUGCUUCCCCAGCUUUUGUCAGCAGGCUGUUGGCUUCAUGGAUGGUGAUGCAGCAGCAGCAGCACCAGCAGCACCAGCAGCAACAGCAGCAGCAGCAGCAGGAGCUGCGGGGACACCAGAAACAACAGCAGCAACAACGCCAACAACAACAGCAGCAGCAGAAACAGCAGCAGCAGCAGCAGCAGCAACUGUCUCCGACCCCACACAAGAAGGAGACAGCAGCAGCUUCGAUGAAAAGACACAGAACGCAGUGCGCGAGUUUGUUGUUUCUGUAUUGAGGCGGCAGUCUCCCCCAGAUCAGCCCCAGCAGCAGCAGCAGCAGCAGCAGCAGCAGCAGCAGCAGCAGCAGCAGCAGCAGCAGCAGCAGCAGCAGCAGCAGAAGAAGCCCCAGGAGAAUAGUCGGGAUGUGUAUCGUGCUCUGCUGCCUAUGUUAGCUGCUAAAAUGCUGCAAUCAGCAGCAGCAGCAGCAGAAGCAGCAGCAGCAGCAGGAGGUGCUGCUGCAGCACAAACUCUCUCUCCGUUUGAAUCCGAUACAGAGGAGACAGACGAAGCUGAAAGCCUGGAGCAGCAGCAGCGGCGGCAUUGCAAGGAGACAGACGAAGCUGAAAGCCUGGAGCAGCAGCAGCGGCGGCAGCAGCGGCAGCAGCAGCAGCAGCAGCAGCGGCUGCUGCAGCAACAACUACAAGCGACAGAUCCUCUACAUAUAGUGGAGCUUGAGCUGCGGCGUUCCCAAAAGCAGCAGCUGCAGCGGCACCUGCAGAAGGUGCACGAGCUGCAGCAGCAGCAGCUGCAGCAGCAGCAGCUGCAGCAGCAGCGACUGCAGCAGGAGCGAAUGAGAAAACAGGAGGAGGAGAUGCAGGUGAUGCAGCAGGAGCAGCAGCAACUAAGACAGCAGCAGCUGCUGCGCAUGCUGCAGCGCAUACAGGGCCUGCAGCGGGAGGAACAGCAGCAGCAGAUGGAGUCAGCACAGAACAAUGCUGUCCUCACUCACCAACACAACCAGGGGGCCCCCCUGGAGGGGCCCCCUGAGGGGCCCCUCCCCCAAGGGGCCCCCCUAGAGGGGCCCCUUGAGGGGCCCUUCCCCCAAGGGGCCCCCCUGGAGGGGCCCCUUGAGGGGGCCCCCCUGCAGUGGGCCACCCUGGAGGGGACCCUUGAGGGGGCCCCCCUGCAGUGGGCCCCCCUGGAGUUGACCCCUGAGGGGCCCUUCCCCCAAGGGGCCUCCCUGGAGGGCCCCCUCGAGGGGGCCCCCCUGCAGGGGGCCCCCCUAGAGGGGCCCCCCGAGGGGACCGCCGAGGGGCCCACCCCACAAGGGGGCCCCCUGGAGGGGCCCCCCGAGGGGGCCCCCACCCAAGGGGCCCCCACCCAAGGGGGCCCCCUGGAGGGGCCCCUCGAGGGGCCCUUCGUGUGGCCCCUACAGGGGCCCCCUGAGGGGCCCCCUGAGGGGGCCCCCUUAACUGGAGUAGACGUUGACUCGCUGCUGGCUGUUUGUGGGAGUCAGCAAAAGGAGACAGUCUCCACAGAAGUGGAUGCUGCAACUGCUCUAUACUUUUCCUCCUAUGUUGAUCGGAUGCAGCAGCAGUGCAGCAGCAGCAGCAGCAGCAGCGAUGACAGCAGCAGCACCAGCAGCAGGAGCAGCAGCAGCAAUUGCAGCUGCAGCAACAGCAUGAACUGCUGCUGCAGCAGUUCUUUUGCUCAGCAGCAGGAACAGCAGCUGCAGCAGCAGGAGGAACAGCAGCUGCAGCAGCAGCAGCUGCAGCUGGAGCAGCAGCAGGAGCUGCUGCAGCAGCAGCUGCAGCAGCUGGAGCAGCUGCAGCAGCAAGGAGAGGGGGCCCAGCUGUCUCUUCUUGAUCACCUUCGGCUGCUUGCUGGUGCGCGAGGCCUCAUAUAUGGAGACAACGGAGAAGAGUAUAUAAAUACAGAAAAGGAUACAAAUAUAAAUAUUUUUUCUCCCUCUUGUAUUUAUAAUAAUACACAACAAACCACAGAACAAAUAACACAAACACUAAAUACUCUGAUGCCGGUUGAUUGCUGCAACGGCAACAGCAGCAGCAGCAGCAGCAGCAGCAGCAGCAGCAGCAGCAGCAGCAACAACAACGCGAACAGCAAUAGCACUGACACCAGCGACAGCAGCAGCAGCAGCAGCGACAGCACCAGCAGCAGCUACAGCAGCAGCGGUGACAGCAGCAGCUACAGCAGCAGCGGUGACAGCAGCAGCUACAGCAGCAGCGGCGACAGCAGCAGCUACAGCAGCAGCUACAGCAGCAGCUACAGCAGCAGCUACAGCAGCAGCAGCAGCAGCAGCAGCAGCACAGCAGAUCCCCCGCAUAUUCUUGCAGCAAUCGAAGCAAUUCAGCUGCAAGGAGUUUAUGAGGAGCCAUCCCCAUAG